CAGAAACUAACUCUGUCUGCCUCACUCUCCACGCCUUCCCUCCAACUCCCUUCUCCGUCCUGCCCCUCCUAAGAGGUGUUGCACAGAGUGCCGAGUGCGGAGAACAACUCCUUGGAUCGCUUGUGCGCAAAAUCCACCCCUUCUCUCCCCUCUUUCUCCUCCAGCCUCUGGAUCCCGCACUGCCCUCCCUCCCCCUCCCUCCAGCGGUGUGGGGCUGGGGACUAGUGCCUGUGCUCAUGUGGUGGGAGAGGGCUGCAAGCAGAGGAGAACAAACGCCAGAUGCUCAGUUCUCCCCUUCUGCCUGAUGCUCCUGCCUGGAUUCGCCAGGGCUGGGCUCUUUAAGAAAUCACAGGAGCCCUGGCAGCGGCUGGAGGAAGCUGCUAAGGCGCGCAGCUCCUGAAAAGUGCCUGUGCUCGCGGUGGACCUCCCAACGUGGUCCCAGCCGGCGGUCAGCACCAUGGACAGCGGCGCCGUCCCCAGGAACCCCGGCAACUGCUCUGACCCCUUCGCGCACUCUGCAAGUUGCGCCCCAGCAGCACCGAACCCGGGUUCCUGGGUCAACUUCUCCCACAUGGAUGGCAACCUGUCCGACCCGUGCGGUCCGAACCGCACGGCGCUGAGCGGGAGCGACAGCCUGUGCCCUCCGACCAGCAGCCCUUCCACGAUCACGGCCGUCACCAUCAUGGCCCUCUACUCCAUCGUGUGCGUGGUGGGUCUCUUCGGAAACUUCCUGGUCAUGUAUGUGAUUGUCAGAUACACCAAAAUGAAGACGGCCACCAACAUCUAUAUCUUUAACCUCGCUCUGGCCGAUGCCUUGGCGACCAGUACCCUGCCAUUCCAGAGUGUCAAUUACCUCAUGGGAACAUGGCCGUUUGGAACUGUCCUCUGCAAGAUAGUGAUCUCCAUAGACUACUAUAACAUGUUCACCAGCAUAUUCACGCUCUGUACCAUGAGCGUGGAUCGCUACAUCGCCGUCUGCCACCCCGUCAAGGCCCUGGAUUUCCGUACUCCCCGCAAUGCCAAAAUCAUCAAUGUCUGCAACUGGAUCCUCUCUUCAGCCAUCGGCCUGCCUGUGAUGUUCAUGGCGACAACAAAGUACAGGCAUGGUUCCGUAGAUUGCACACUAACAUUCUCUCACCCAGCCUGGUACUGGGAAAACCUGCUGAAAAUCUGUGUUUUCAUCUUCGCCUUCAUCAUGCCUGUCCUCAUCAUUACGGUGUGCUACGGCCUAAUGAUCUUACGCCUCAAGAGUGUCCGUAUGCUCUCUGGCUCCAAAGAAAAGGACAGGAAUCUUCGGAGAAUCACCAGGAUGGUGCUGGUGGUCGUAGCUGUGUUCAUCGUCUGCUGGACCCCCAUUCACAUUUACGUCAUCAUUAAAGCCUUGAUCACAAUCCCAGAAACUACUUUUCAGACUGUUUCCUGGCACUUCUGCAUUGCUCUAGGUUACACAAACAGCUGCCUGAACCCAGUCCUUUACGCAUUUCUGGAUGAAAACUUCAAACGAUGCUUCAGAGAGUUCUGUAUCCCAACUUCCUCCACCAUUGAGCAGCAGAACUCCACUCGAAUUCGUCAGAACACUAGAGACCACCCCUCCACGGCCAACACAGUGGAUAGGACUAACCAUCAGCUGGAAAAUCUGGAAGUAGAAACAGCUCCAUUGCCCUAACCGGGUCUUCCUGUCAUUGAGACCCUCACUGAGCUUAGAUGCCACCAUCUUAUGUGGAAGCAGGUCACUGCCCGAGUGUGUGGGAAGCUUUCAUGUUCUAGGAAUGUGUCUACUCUGAGUCAUCAAAACUUAUUCCUCUCUGGUCGCUUCACUCUGCAUCAUUAAAGAGACAUCCCAACUAAGUCAAGCACUGGGAAGGAAAG